UGCACAAUUUAGUUGCAGUGGAGGCAACUGUUGCGGUUGCAGUUGCAGUUUCAGUCACUGUUGCCGAUGCUGUUUCGGAACAUUAACCAUUCGCGAUAAGCCCAGUGCAAAACAGAGCUCAGAGCUCAGACGAAACACAAAAGAAUUGUGCUUUCACUUUUAUCAGUGCGCUCGCGAAGUGAAGACUACGCCCCAGACUAAAAACAAAAACAAAAAUACAAAUACAAAAAAAAAGAAAACAGAAACGAGUCAAAGAUGCAGGCACUGGCAAUGGUGUUGUUAUUAUUGGGCCUGGAUCAGACACAGCAGUUGGCCAUAUCGAAUGGCCAUUGCCAGAAGACCAUCAGUGUCAAGUAUCAGGUGCCAGUGACGAGGACACGUGUGCUGCACAACUCCAGCUCAGCAGACUCGGUGGAGCAGUAUAUUGUGUAUGAGGAGCGCAUCCGUUGGGACACCGUACAGAUGUGUUGUCCCGGCUAUCGCACCAUUAUCUUUGGCUUCUGUGAGCCCAUCUGCACGGAGCCGUGUCCGGCGCACAGCUACUGCUUCGAGCCGAACAAAUGCCGUUGCAUGCGGGGCUACGAGCAAUCGCAUCAUACUAACAACAAGCAGCAUCAGCUGAUCUGCCGGCCCAUUUGCCAGGGCGGGUGUCCGGAGCACAGCCAUUGCGUUGCCCACAAUGAGUGCGAAUGCCAUGUGGGCUUCAAGGAUGUGAGCAGCUGGUUCAGUUUGAGUCUCAGCUGCGAGCGCAUCCAUUGCGGCCACGAUCAGCGUUACGAUCCACAGCGACGCGCCUGCAUCAAGAUCGAGAUGAGCAUGGAGGAGCUGAUGCAGCGCGUCGCCGAGCGACUGGCCAAGGGACUCGAGACUGACAGCGAUCUGACUGUGGAGGAGCAAGUGGUGUGAAGGGAUUACAACUGUUGUAUUCUAUUCUAUUUAUGUGUGUCUUAAUAAAGAGCAAACAAAUUGAA